AUGGCAGCCGUAGUCACCAGCCUGGCGGUGCCCCAGCCCGCCUCCAUCUCCCAAGACAAGCAGCAUUCCACGCAACAAAACACCAGCAGCCUGUCUUCGUCCCCCCGUCAAUUUCCCUCAGAUCUCACCUCUCCCAUCCUCGAGGCCGAUGAAUCCGAAAGCGAAUCUCCAAACGAGCCCGUGACCCCCAUUAGUAGUGGGCGACAGUCGCAGGAGUUCACCACUCGUCCCAGUCAGGACCAUCACGACAUACAUCAGGUGCAAACCACACCAAAACCUUUACUGGUUAACACCACCGCACCCACUCCUUCGGCCUCGCCUGUCAACUCGACAUCGACCCAAAAGGCCGCUGACCCGGCAGCCCCAACCCCAGCAACAGCUGCUGCUGACCAAGAUACGCCACCGACUCCUCUGUCAAGGCGACCCACCCGCGUCGGCUCUACCCACAGCUUUAAGCGGACUAUGUCCAACAUCUUCCGGAGAUCCAACUCAUCCAUAAACAGACCGGAUCUUGGCUUUUCGCUUGAGCAAGCUAGCGGUGCCUCCGAGAGUGUAUUGGUCGACUCAGCUCCUCCAAAGAACACUGGCAGACGAUUCUCCAUGAAUACCUCACACACCACCACGAGGUCUAACACGCCUCCCUCGCCGGGCUCGCCCGUCGAGGUCGCAUCCUCGUACAAGGAGUCAUCCUUGAUGCCGACUAACGAGGACUUUAAGAAGAAGAACAGAGCGUCAACCGGUCUCUCUCUGCGCGGACGUGCUGUCAACUUUGUCAGCGCCAACGUCUCUGGACGGGACAAGCAGGGCGCCCCCAAGCCACACCUGGGCAGACGCCGUGCCAGUAGCUUCGAGAAUGUCCCCCGCAACACUCCCGCAACAAAUCACUUCGCCGACCCCAAGAACCCCGUCAUUCCCUUGGAAAAGAAUUCUCCUUGGGCGCAAUUGCCUGACGCUGGUGUCGGUAUUAAGGCUCGCCGCUUGAGUCUGAGUCUCCCCGACGAUUUCCAAGUUGACGUUGCCGAUCUACUCGCCGAGUUCGAGUACCAAUCCAAGUUUGGCCGCCACGGCAAGCACCUCGGCAAGGGCGCCACUUCAAAGGUCACCCUGAUGAGCCGAAAGGGCUGCCCCGGUGAGCUCUACGCCGUGAAGGAGUUUAGAGGCAAGACGAAGAAGGAGUCGCAGGAGGAGUACGAGAAGAAGAUCAAGUCCGAGUUUAGCAUCGCCAAAAGCUUGCACCACCCCAACAUUGUCGAGACGGUCAGACUCUGCACGGAUCACGGCCGCUGGAACCACGUUAUGGAGUACUGCGGAAUGGGCGACUUGUUUUCUCUGCUGGAGAAGAACUACCUCAGGGACGCUGACAGACUGAAUGACCGCCUUUGCUUGUUCAAGCAGCUUAUCCAGGGCGUCAACUAUCUCCACAACAACGGUAUCGCUCAUCGCGAUAUCAAGCCCGAGAACCUGCUUAUUACCAAGGACAGCAAACUUAAGAUUACCGACUUCGGCGUCUCGGAAGUCUUCUCUGGAACCCACCCCGGUCUUCGGGAAGCCGGCGGACAGUGUGGCAAGAACAUGUGCGAUGUCCGCUUGUGCUCUCCCGGCAUGUGCGGUAGCGAACCCUUCGUGGCGCCCGAGGUGCUGAAGAAGGAUUGCCAAUACGACCCCCGUGGCCUUGAUGUGUGGAGCUCUGGUGUCAUUAUGAUUUAUCUCUGCUUUGGCGGUGCCAUGUGGGGCAGGGCAGAGGAGUCCAAAGAUGCUGGAACUAGCAAGGGAAACAACUACGACAAGUUGGUGCAGGCAUGGAACAAGUGGAACAGGAAGCACCCCGAUCCCGACGCGAAAAUGACGGAGACGGACUACCCUGCUUACUACCCCUUCGACCAAUACGUCCGGCCGCCUGCGCUCCGCCGCGUUAUGCUCAAGAUGCUGAACCCCGACCCCAGCAAGAGGGCAAGCAUCUCGGAGAUUAUCAACCACCGAUGGGUCAAGAGCAUCGAGUGCUGUCAGCUGGAGAACUACGACGACCCGGCGACCAUGAUUGAUGCAUCUAAGAAGGGUGACGCUAAGCUGGAGAACAAGGUGUUCUGUCACAACCACCUGCCGCUCCAGAGCCACGGACAUUCGCUAGGAAAAAUGCCUGGCCAAGCUGGGUAUUGA